CAGCAGGAGGGCAGUGGAGGAGGGGGAGGAGGUGGUGGUGUGCAGUGUUGAGUAGUUUCCCAGUCGUCAUGACGACCUCACACCCCACCAUCUCAAGAGCUGUCUUCCUGUUGCCACGGUGACCUGAUCCCGUUCCAUCUCCGCUCCUCUCGAUGGUAUGGAUUGAGCUGAUAAAGGAGAGCGAUCCCGGAGCAGCGUCUCCCUUCCUCGAAACCAGCUCGUUGAUGGGACAGCAGAUCACACGCAGGGAAGCAGAUCGGAGGACGGGAAGGCGUUGCGUGCUGGGAAUGCUGUGGAAGUAACACCAGAGCGUUGCCUGGAAACAGCAGCAUGCCAAUACAACAGAUAACUGUGGUUCCAGCCAGGGAGACAGCCAGCAACGGCAAGAGUGCUCCUCGCUCCAAAGACAAGACUGAGGGGAGGAAGGCCCCUGGACGCUCAGGGAGUCGAUCCAGCAACAUCUCCAAGGCCAGCAACUCUACAGCAGGGCUAACAGCCUCAAGAACAUCAAUCACCCCGUCUUCUCAGGACAUAUGCAGUUCUGGCCAGCUGACCCGUUUAGAAGAGGAUGCUUCUGAAUCACUACACAACAAGCACGCACACACCUCUGUGAUGACAGUCACCAGCACAACCCUGGGCUCGUCAACUCAUGCCCAGAAGAAGCACGUGAAACGCCGUCACCGCCGCAAGAGGAACAGCUGCACCACCCUCGACUACGUGGAAACCAACGGCAAACAGGCGCAGACCGACCGCAGCGACCGCAGCCUCAGCUCAGACCGCAGCGAGCGGGGCGAGAAGAGGGAGCGAUCUUCCAAGAACCGGAGGGAACUCCCACCUCGCCUCCGCUGCUCAGGGGCCCCCCAAUCGGACUCAACCUCCGAGGACGAGGCAUGGCGCGAGGCCCGCAGCUGGAGCAAAGAGAAAGCCCGAAGAGUGCGCCGCCGCAGUGGAAGCAGCCGAGAGAGGGAUGGGCCUAAAAGAGGGGAAGACAAAGCCGAGAUCAUGGAGCUGCAGUCGGUGGGCUCGGAUGAAGGAAAGGAGAACCAGCCUCUGGUGGAGGACGGCGGAGGCCUUAAGAAGCGGCACAGUAGCAGAGCCUCAAUGAAGAGAGACAACCACGUUUCACAGGGGGAGGGCUCGCAGAGCAGAGAUAAAGAGAAGAGCUACAAGUCACAAGUCAGCCCAGGUGGCAGCUCCUCAUUGGCGGAGGAUGGCGAGGAGCUCAUCACCAAGAGAUACCAGGAAAAGGGGUCAGGGGGUGGGGACAUGUCAGUGCCCACACCACAGAAACACUGUGGUGUGAACGGAGGCACACCACAGCUCUGCUCUGAUGACUCUGAGAUGGAGGUCUGCAGGAUCUGCCACUGUGAGGGGGAUGAGGAGUGCCCGUUGAUAAUGCCUUGUCGCUGCACGGGGAGCCUGAGCUUUGUCCACCAGGCGUGUCUCAAUCAGUGGAUCAAAUCCUCAGACACUCGCUGCUGUGAACUCUGCAAGUUCGAUUUUGUUAUGGAGACGAAGCUCAAACCUUUACGCAAGUGGGAGAAGCUACACAUGUCGAAGAGCGAGAGGAGGAAGAUCUUCUGUUCAGUGUUGUUUCACCUCAUAGCAAUAGCGUGUAUGUUGUGGUCUGUCUACGUUCUGGUCAGGAGAACCGCGGAGGAGAUCAGACUUGGGAAGAACGAGGAUUUUUGGAGAGUUUCUCUUCUGAAGUACUAUUCGUCAAAUGGUGUGCUGGAGUGGCCCUUCUGGACCAAGCUGAUUGUGGUGGCCAUAGGCUUCACAGGCGGCCUCAUCUUCAUGUACAUCCAGUGCAAAGUGUACCUGCAGCUGUGGCGCCGCCUCAAGGCCUUCAACCGCAUCAUCACUGUGCAGAACUGCCCCGAGAAAGGCCUGCACAACUCUCAGGCCCGGCCCAGCGCCCUGACCAACGGCAGGCACGAGACCGUGGAGGUUCCAGUCGCUCCGGCCCCCGUCCUGGCUCCAGAGGCACAGAUGGACUCAGACAUGUCAGUGGAGGCCGCGGUGGCACCGGCACAAAACCCCGUCUGACUGAUUCUCCUCCCGCUCGGAAGAGUCCUGAAUCACACCCUACUCAUCCGACAACACGAGCUGGCGUGAGCACGGUGUGAUUUACACUCAUACAGUGUUUUAGUGUUGUUCAUCUCAGCUCCUGUGAUUACUGGUCUUGAGAAGUAAUUACAGAUUCACAGUCCCGCUGAAGGGCUGCAGCCAAGCGAGUGUGCACAGUAAGGAAGAAUGUGGCAGGCCAGAAAAUGGAGAAAAGAGGUGAUGAGAUGUGAAGGAAAAUAAAGCCAUCAGCAGAAGAGGUUUGUAAAGACUUUAGUUACGUGGUACGUUGAGCUUUAUUCCUGUAUGCACUUUCUCAAACUGCACUGACACGAGUCAAAGGUGUGAACACUCUGUGGACGCUAUUAAAGCUCUCAGUAUGCUUCAAAUGAACCUCGGACAACAUCGUGGUGCCAUAGAGACGUGGUAGUGGUGAAAUUGAAAUAAUGACGCACACUUUGGGAAAGUCUCUGGUCAUAGACAUUUAUAGCUUUGCAUUCAGUUGUACACUAAAGACAUGAUGGAGGUAGUAGUGUGAAGAAUGGAAAAGAACAGCUGGAGGAAAGAAGUUCAUACCCUGCUUGUUCUCACACCUCCGCAUAUCUGGCCAACCGUUAUCCGAAGUGGAUGUGGGCGGGUUUCACAUGCUGUUAGACAAUCCAACAAGCGCUUUGUUUGAAGCAUACUGAGGCCUUAACUCUCCUUCUGGACAGUCAGGUCUUCAGACACCAAAGAGUCAGAUACGAUAUGUAGAGAAACAAUUAUCUAAACUGUAUCUUUAUGUCAUGUAAUGUUUUGAAAAGGCUGAUUUACUGUCAUAGAAAAGUUUGGAGUAUUUCUUCAAAUAGAAAAUCUCAAGUAUCCCAGUUGUUUUUGAUGUUUUUGGACAGUUUGCAGCUUCAUGUGGUCCUGCUCUGCGAGGUCCUGCUAUUUAUACAAUGAUGUAACCAGAGCUUUCAUGGUUGUCGUCCGUUCACGUUCUCACAUUGGACUUGGCACACUGUGUGAGUGACUGACCGCUCAAUCUACAAAAGGUGACCGUUGUUUACACUUGUCCACUUUUCUACAGGUUUAAUUUGGUUUUUUACCAGCGUCACUGUCACGUCACAGAAAAUGUAAUUUUCUCUGUGUCUUAUAUCCAAAACACGAGAGCACUCAACAUCUUUGUCAAAACCAUUUUUCUAUUUCUGAUUGGAUAAAAUGGAAUAUUCAGGUUACAUACGAUGCAUAUUUGUUUGUGCAAUAAACAAUGAAUGUAGAA